AUGGAAUCGGACAAGUGUUGUUCUUCUACAGCUUGGACGGCCGUGCAAAAUAAAUUGUUUGAAGAAGCUUUGGCAAUGUACGACGAGGAGACGCCUGAGCGGUGGCAUAUUAUUGCGGAGAUUGUUGGCGGUGGCACAAGCGCUGAGGAGGUGAAGAGGCAGUAUGAAAUCCUUGUUGAUGACAUCAAGAACAUCGAGUCUGACAGAGUUCCACUUCCUGAUUAUCAAAUAAAUGAAAGCAAAAGUAAUGAAGAUCAAACUGAGCAAAGGCUGAAGCAUUUAAAGCUGUAA